GCCUUCCGCCGCUUCCGCCCUCACUCCGCGUCGCUUCCGGCGCACGAUGGCGGCGCCCGUGCGGAGGGCACUGGCGGCGGCGCUGACCGCGACGCGGGGCUACCGGGCGGCCCCGCUGCCGCUGCGGCCGCGCCCGGCGCCCGCGGACCCGGCGCGGCGGUUCGGGCGGCUCGGGGAGGCCGCGGGGGUCCCGGCCGCGUCGCUCUGGCCCGGCCCCGAGCGGCUGCGCGAGGCGGAGGCGGAGGAGCGCGAGUGGGACCCGCCGCUGCGGGAGCGGCAGGAGGCGCUGGAGCGGCGGGAGCGCGAGGAGGCGCGGGAGCGCGAGGAGAGGGCGCAGCGCGUGGCCCGCGCCCUGGCCGCGAUGCCGGCGCGGGUGCGCGCGUGGCGGGAGGAGCGCGCGGCGGCGCGGGAGCGCGCGCGGGCCGAGGCGGAGCGGCGGCGGCGGCUGCUGGAGGGGGCGGGGCUGGCGCUGGCCCCGCCCCGCCCGGGAGCGCCCCCGCGCGGCCCCGCGCAGGCGCAGGCGCUGCUGGCGGAGCUGGAGCGGCGGGAGCGGCGGGAGGAGAAGCGGCGGCGGCGGCGCGAGCGGGACGAGGCGCGCGGAGCGCGUUGGCCGCCCGCUGAGGCCGCUGCUGCCGAGCGGCCCCCCCCGGGACCCCCUGAACCUGCCCCCGGGACCGGCGGGGGCUCCUGAACCUCCCAACCUGGGGAGGGUUCCUGAGCCCCCUGGGGACCCCCCGGCCCCUCCCCCCGGGGGUCCCACCCCCCCCCCCGCAUCCCGAGACUAAAAUGGGUUUAAAAUUCUGCGUUUAA